UGGCGAUGCCGAGCCCCAGAUCUGCUUUCAGUUCCCCGCUGGCUGUGUUUCUGCUGCACUGUGCGCAGUGUGUGCGCCGUCAUCACAGUGGACUAGUUCACCUGCGCUGUAGACAAAUACACAUUGGAUUUGAACUCUUAUUGUUUCCAUAUGUGGAAGCCGGCAGACGGAACUUUACGCAGGGAAACAGCAGGUGAGUCUACGAGGCUACACCUGACGGAUAAUUCUCCUCGCUGAAUUUGAAAACAGUUUGUUGUUUCCUCCCAACUCCACUUGUUGAUGGGGCACUAACAGGCGACUCCUGUCAGUAACAAAACGGAGAUACACUUAUGCGUAAUUUGGAUAAAACCCUGUCCGACGGCAGGGCGCUGACGUUUUAACCUGUGAGGUGUUGUCGCAGAUGAUGGUGAUGUUUGGCGACCGGUAGCCCGACAUCAGAUCGUAUUACACAGGCUGCUAUCUGGUGAGGAGCGGCAUGGGGAACCAGAUGGACAAACUGUCACAUUUAAGUUACGCAGAAGUUCCCACGGUGGACCCGAACGGCGUGGACACGGAGGACGGUCCACGGAUCGGCGUCUCUUACAUAUUUUCUAACGACGACGACGAGCUGGAGGAUGGCUGCGCGGUCGACGGCUCACAUAAGGACCCGAAUAAGGAAGAGAAACAUUACGAUCAGCGCGACGAGGUGGAGUGCGCCGUCUACAACAGAGAUGAGUGCAUUUACGAGAAGAGAGUCAAGUCUGCCAACCUGGAGGUUUACUCUCCGGAGAAUCUACUAAACAAAUGUAAAGCAGGGGACCUGGUGGAGUUUGUGGCCAACGGGCAGUUCCCGCACUGGGCUGUUUACGUGGGGGACUUCCAGGUGGUGCACCUGCACAGAGCCGAGGUGAAAAAUAGCUUUUUGACAGAUGCAAGUCAAGGUAGGAGGUGUAGGAUUGUGAACGACUUGUAUAAAUUCAAAGCUCUGGGUCCUGACAUGGUGGUGCAGAACGCGAUGGAGCAAGUGGGCUCAAAGGACCGAGAGCUGAGCUGGAGGAACUCCGAGGGCUUUGCCGCCUGGAGCAGGUUCGGCAAGAGGGAGUUUAAAACGGGUGGGGAGAUACGGAUAGGCAAGCAGCCCUACAGGUUGAAAAUAUUCAUAUCUGACACACAUUCGCACGUGUUGGAGUUUCAGAGUUUGGAGGACAUGAUCAUGGAGAAGAGGAGGAACGAUCAUCUGGGCAGGACAGCCGUGUUGCAGGAGCUGGCCACUCACUUCAGCAGCGUGGAGGAGAUGAAAAGUGAGCCAGACGUUGACUGAUGCCCGGCUGCUCUUUUUUGAAUGCGCUUCAAAAAUAAAUGCUUUGCAAGUAGAGUAGCUUUGACCAAACAUAAACUGUUACACCCUGCUUUAAUCUAUAGCAAGCCUUCACUUUAUUUCAUUUUUAAUUGGAGCACACAUGUCAUCAUUUCUACUCGGGUCAUUUUUGUUUUGUUUUCACGUGAGUCUAUAAAAAUGUUAAUGCCUUAAAGCCACAAUCAUCAACAUCCUCAGAUGCGUAAUGGCCUUAGCAAUUAUGAGUUCAAUUAUCUGGGAAAAAUUGAAUUGAUUGAAUUAGUUAGUAGGCUUGUUUGUAGCUCCGCCUCACCACACAGAAUGUAUAGUUUUUAUAAAAUCUUUACACAUUUGUCUCAAACUGUCAUGAUUCUGCAAGUAGAGUGAAUGUUUCUCUAUUUAUAAUGUGUCCCGUUACUUGAUCCUUGUGUGCCCUCAGCUCAACCCAGACAGAAAUGUGUCAGAGCUGCUCGCUGAAUACAAGAAGGAUUCUUUCUGCCUUUUCUUAAGGGUAAUUCUCACACCAGCAACAUGUUGGAGAAAAUGUUGUGUAGCUGGUCUUGUGUUACACUGAUCAAAGUCUGUCUUUACUGUACCCAAAGUUCAAGUAAACCAUGACCCCUUGUCUCUUUUUGAAAUGAC